CGGACUUGAAUAUCCUGCUGCUGCCAGCGCUCGCGACCCACAGUGGCGCUUCUCUCUCUCCAUCUUAACCUGCCGAAGUCCUUUCUUGUGUGCAAUUGACAAUCGAGCAGUUCUUCCUCCUACCCUCACCGCCACAGCCACAAACAAACUCAGACAUUUCACCAUGCCUAAACUGUCGAGCAUCUUCUACUAUGGCGUCCAUCCGUCAGAGCUGAGGUCAAUCAUUCAAUGGAAAGUCUGGCACAACCCCGUGCAUGAGCGAGACGAGAGCAAGGAAUGCGAGACUCUCAAGCAAUGCUUCUUUUACCUCGACAUGACCAGCCGCAGCUUCGCUGCUGUCAUCAAGGAACUACACCCUGAACUCCUCGUCCCUGUUUGCCUAUUCUACCUCGUCUUGCGAGCGCUGGACACAAUCGAGGAUGACAUGACAAUACCACUCGAGAAGAAGGAGCCGCUGCUUCGAGAGUUUGAUACCGUACUGGAGAAGGAUGGCUGGACCUUCACCGAGAACGGACCGAACGAAAAGGACAGAGAGCUCUGCGUCCACUUCGACGUCGUCAUCGAGGAGUUCAAGAAGAUCAAGCCUGCAUACAAGGCGAUUAUCAAGGACAUCACAAAGAAAAUGGGCAAUGGCAUGGCUGAUUAUGUUAACAACGCUGAGCACAACAUUCACAGCGUCAAUACCAUCAAAGACUACGAACUGUACUGCCACUACGUUGCAGGUCUUGUCGGAGAAGGAUGCACACGACUGUUUGUGGAGGCUGGACUCGCGAACCCGGCCCUGCUGCAGAAGCCAGAGCUCAUGGAAUCCAUGGGCCAGUUCCUACAACAGGUCAACAUCAUGCGCGAUAUCAAGGAAGACUUCGAUGACAAGCGACGUUUCUACCCGAAGGAGAUCUGGUCAAAACAUGUCGACAAGUUCGAGGAUCUUUUCAAGCCCGAGAACCAGCAAGCAGCUCUCAACUGCACCUCGGAGAUGAUCUUGAUCUCCCUGCAACGAGCGGAUGAGUGUCUUUACUACCUCGCUGGUAUUAAAGAGCAAAGCGUGUUCAACUUCUGCGCAAUCCCACAAGCCAUGGCCAUCGCAACUAUGGAAGAAUGUUUCCGGAAUCCGAAUGUCUACAAGACGAACGUCAAGAUCUCCAAAGGACAGGCUUGCCAACUCAUGGUGGACUCAACCCAAAACCUCCAAAUGGUCUGCGAUACCUUCAGGAAAUACGCCCGAAAGAUUUCCAAGAAGAACAACCCCAAAGACCCCAAUUUCCUCAACAUUAGCAUUGCAUGCGGAAAAAUCGAACAGUUCAUCGAAUCAAUCUUCCCUACGCAGAAGUCCAAGGGCGGCGCCAAGCUCAUCAGCGCCGAACAAGAGGCGAAGGAGAAGGCGGAAGCUGGGGAGGCCAGACAGGACACGAUCUACAUGGGUCUCGCUGUAUUCUUGACGCUAUUUGUUAUUACUGGUUUCAUGGUUACGAUUGCAUGGUUCGCGGGCGCAAGGUUCGACAUCGCAUUCGGCCAGAUCCGAAACACCCUAUUCGGCUCCGGAUUCGCUGGAAACGACCUCCCCACGAAUGAGAACCUCAAGAAUGCACUCACGCCUGAGCACGGAGAGUUGUAACUAAGUAGACUGAUGAUAUCCUGACUUGUAAUAAUAAUAGGUGGCCUGUACUGUGCCGCUCGUUUAUACCCCGAAAACGUUUGUCUCCUUCCAUUUACCUUCUCUUUGCUGCAGGAUAGUGAGAUAUGGGCGAUGGUGGUUCAACAUCCGACCUGUUCGGGUGCUGAGCUUUAGCACGGAUGUCAAAUUGCAAUUCAGCCCUUACCAAUGGCUGUGGUUGUGCCGCUUUAGAAGUGCUUAUAUGGAUAUCACGUCUUGCUUGGCAACGAGACUGCAACGGGCUGGCCCUCGAUUUGGUGGGGUUGGUGCGUUGUGGGGAUGUGGACAUACCUACAAACUUUAGAUAGAGUUGUCUAUCAAAUUGGUA